AUGGCCAUCUACCUCGUCCUGUUCUUUGUGUUCGUCCCGAUGAAACUUGGGUUCUUUGCCGUGGACCCGACGGUGCAGAUUGGCAUUGGCAGCUUCAUCACGAUCUUGCUGUGGGUGUUGACUGUUCAGUUUUUGGAGGUCGUGCCGUCGGCGAGCUACCUCCUGCCGAUGAUGUCCAACCUGCUCCAAGACGUGUGGAAUUUUUUCAUCUUGUUUGGCGUGUUCCAGAUGGGCCUCACGAUCACGUUUUACCAGCUAUUCAAGCAUCAAGACGACGACGCGUUCGCGACGAUCACGCAGUCGUUUAUUACCACGUACUUUGUCACGUUUGGCGAGUUGCCGCUGGAUUCUGUCAAAGCGUUCAACCAGACUGACGACGGCGACCGAUUCUUGUCGUCAUGCGCGGUGGUGCUCAUGAUGUUUCACGCGGCGGUCGUGGUGAUUCUCCUCCUCAACGUGCUCUUGGCGAUGAUGAACAAGACAGUCGACAACGGGUUUGAAAGGGCCAAAACCGAGGCGCUGGCGAGCUACGCGCAGUGCAUUCUACGCCUUGAAGAGUCGAUGAACUUGAGCAAAGCUGAGACGGUCGAGCUCAUCCACUUUAAAAGCGACGACGGCGACCUCGUCCUCAACCCGAUUUUCAACGAGCGCGUGGCCAAGUCGUCGAUCCAGGUCCCCGACGGCCAAGAAGCCCAUAUCAACGCAUACCAGAAGCAAAAGAUGGCGUGGGUCGACUUGAUGGACGCGCUCAAAGCCAGCACCACGUCCGAACUCGACUCGCUCCGUUCGGGACUCCACCACGUCCAGCAUUUUGUCACGUUUGACGUGGCCACGGCGCUAGCCCCCGAGUUUGCCCUCCUUGACAAGGUCCAAGAACAAGUGAAUGAGCUGAUUGAUUUGGCCAAAAAGACCCGCGGGCAAGACGCCGACAACGCGCUCAAGAAGCUCGACGCGUUGGUGAAGAAGACGCUAUCCACGUUUGAAGACAACAUGCAGCGGGCGUGGAAUGCCAAGGACCAGGCGGUUGAGCACACCAAGUGCACUUUGCUGCACCAGAUGACGUACAAGGUGACGAUUACUGACCUGCUCAAGAGCACCAAAACCACGAUUCAAACAACGUUCGAGCACGAAAUCGAUCAAGCCAAGGCCCGAGCGGCCCCCGAGCCCAGACUCAGCGAAAUCGUCGACCGAUUUGACAAGGUGGACGCGACGCUCAAGGAGAAAAACGAGGACAACACGACCGAGAUGAACCAGGACCUGGCCAAGAAGAUCGAAGACGUGACCCAGCAAACACAAACCAUGGCAUCCAAGCUGGACGAUGUCGCACAACACAACCAAGACAUGGCCACGCAAGUGGAAGCCAUGAAUCAAAAGCUCGAAGCCUUGAUGUCUGCGAUAUUGGACUUGAAGCGUUAA